AAAUUUUCACAUCAAGAACAAGUUGCAAAAUGGCUGCUGCCCACUCCGGAGGUGUUGAGUGGGCUGCGAUUUUAAAGCCUUUUCUUUCAUCAUCAAGUGAAAAUAUCAGCAAAACCGAUGUGCUAAACUUGAUCAAAACUAUCAUACAAAAUGAAAAUGAAAUCCUCGAACACGAUGCGGCUUACAAACAGUUUUUCGACAAUUUCGUUGUCCUGGCUGCAGAGAACAUCACUAGCCAGGUCACCUCAUUGUCGCAAACACAACUUCAACAGUUUACAGAAGCUGCAUCAAUAUUGAUUCGUUACAUAAUUCUACAUUUGGAUACGACUGCACCAUGCAAACCCAGCAUACUAUUGAUGGCCCUAAAGAUUCUUUGCGAAGGGAAAAGGGCAAACGAAAAUCAGCCCAAUGCUACCAGCUCGGCUUCGUCGAUCAUUUCCGUGUCUGGGAUGAAGUACUUAAAGUAUCCAGAGAUCCCGGGAAACAAACCGGCUUCUGUUGGUGCUUCGAGUAGUGGCAGCAGUGGUGGCUCGGCAGCUAGCACAAGUGAUAAGGAAAGCCCCAAAACGGAAAUGAAACGUUCGCGAUCGGAUUUGUCGACGGUAAUCUUACAACAGCUGACGACUCCAUUGUGUAGCUGGGCUGUAACUUUUGCCGCUCUCAGUGAGGAACAAAUCGACUGUACGGAAUUGUUCGUGAAGCAAAAUCUACAAUGCAUGAACGCUAUCAAUGCAGGAGAAUCGUUACUCACAUGGUGCUCGACAGCGUUGGGAACACUCGCCAAGUAUCGCUUCAAGUACGAAGAGUGCACCAUGCUGGGUCGUCCACUGUAUCUGCCGGUUACGAACACUGAAGCGAUCGCUAUAAAAAACAUUUUCAAUUUAAUGGAAUCCGACAUAACAAAUUUGCAAUUGGCGAUCUCACUUCCUCUCCUGGAACCGCUAACACCCAAAAAAAUCACUCUCCUGUCGCAGUGUGCCAUGUCAGCACUAUACUGUUGCGUACUAACGUCGACCGCUGUGAGUGUUAUUACUAUGGCAACUGCUGGAUCGCAGAAAACCGCGUCCUCUGGCCAAUUACAGCAAGCACAAGGCCAAACUGGAGGCACGCAAACACAAAAAGAAACUGAAGAGGAAGAAGAUUUCGCACGAACUAUUGUGGACAAGGGAUUGGAAAUAUUUACGAAAAUCGGCAACAUGCUCAAAACGUCAACGCGUACUCACAUUUAUCAGAACCACAUGUGUAUGGGGGCAUGGUUACUGAUAUCUGGCAUCCAAGGUACGAUGGGUGCGUCCGGCAACACUAGCGGACUGCAACAGAUGGUGCCCAUUUCAGCGAAAACAUCGGAAGAAAGUUUGAAGGGACGCAGUCCGCUAAAAACGCUUGACGUACCGCAAAUGGCAUCAGCGCAACCGUCACCUGCACUGCGCGUCAAUCUGUUCAAAGUCCAGCAAGGGUUUGGCGUAUUGAAUGCGGCCAUUGCACGUCACAGUAUCACUCUGAUGACGGAACUGAUCGACGAUCUGAAGAUAGACUCUCGUACAGAUGAUGAAGAGUACAGUAGCAUCGAAUCGGCCGGAUUUGAUAUUCUGGGACAGUACACAUCGAUUCAGCGCGUGGUACGUGUGCUUAACAGUGCGACACUGCAGCAGCUGCUCACAUUCCUUGCCACAGUGUCAUAUCGUAAAGCGUGUACGCUUCGCCGCAUCAACACCAAAAACACAAACGACGGAGAACCGAUGAGCUACAGCGACUCGACGACAUACUUUAAUGAUACAUUCUCCUGUUCGGAGGAGAGCGAACCAGAAGAAGAGGACAGCGAUAGCUACCUGGGGCUUUGGUUUAAGGAAACGCUCUCUCCCGAUAUGAAUGAAGAGAUGACGGAAUCGCAAGAGCAGGAAAACAAAGAUGAUAAAGGACGUCACGGUACCAAUCUUGUGCCCGCCAAAGAUGAACCCCACGAGUACCUCAAUUUGGCUUCAUUAAUUUUCAAUUUCUUCGACGUUUCUCUCGGAGGAAACCACGUCUAUCUGAGCCGGUACGUGAAGACAGGCCUUAGCGAGCAACAGAUGGUACUGUUAGCCAACAUCCUGCGCGAUCUUGAUCGUGAUUCGGCUCGCGGUGAAACUGAUAUACCUGGUUGCAUGCAGUGGCAAAAUGCCAUGGUAAAGUUCUCUGGCGCCGUUGGACGAUAUCUACACAAUCUGAUAUCCAACUCGUUGCUGAACGAAUCGCUGCAGUCUGCCCUGCUGCUGCAUUUGGGAGUAUCACCAUGGACACAGGAUGCGAACAUCUGGCCACUGCAGGUUUAUUCGCGCACACUUGCUGUGCUGGUACAAAUUCUCUUGCUGAAACCAUCACAGGAGAAAGAGGCAGCUUGUCUAUCUGUUUGGCAUCGGCUUGUGAACACGAUCGUGGAAGGUAUCUGUUCCACCCAAACCAUCCCCAACGAAUCAGAGAUAGAAGAUCUCAACGUGGAACAUGCACAGCUGCUACUGUUUCUGUUCCAUUCACUCAACCUGAUGCAAAAGAAGUCUAUACUGCUGCUUACGGCCGGGGGUGUCAUUCGCUGCUCGGAAGUAUGUCGCAGUGUCACACCGGAUAAGCCAUUGAGAGAUCAUCAGAUCAUGCUACUGUCCCGAUUGUUACUAUUCUUGGAAUAUUUGAUGAAACACCUGUACAAUCCGCCCAAUGUUUUGUUGGAACAAGUGCGUUGGAAUCUGUUCAGUGUCUUUACACUGGACAGUGAGCAAAAGUUGGCUGAUUUGGUGAACUACAAGACGAAAAUGAUGUCAUUCUGCCGAAAGGACAUAGAGGACAAACAUCGUAAGCUAGCAAACGAGUUUAGUGUUGGCGGCGUGAAACCCAAGUUCUACUCGCUGACUACGGUCGAAUCGAAGGUACAGCAAGAGUUUAAACUGGAUGGAUUGGCCUGGAACUUUAUUCUUUGCACCCCAGACAAAUUGAAAUACCCGUGGCUUAUUGAUGCAUUAAUUGAUAUUCUGGGCAUAACGGACAUGUGUCUCGCACGUAUCCCUUUUCAAACGUUGUGCGCAGUGCACUAUUGCUUCAGUCUUAGCUGGAAGUUAUUGCUCGGUUUGCCACCAUCCACACAGCACGUGGAAGCAUUGAUGCAGGAAAAGAGUCCAAAUCUACAUUCAUUGUUGUGGUCCAUCCGUUGUCUACAUCCAAUCACCCAUUCGCAUUAUCUAAUUGUGAAUAGUCUCGUUAAACAGGGUAUGUAUACUCAGUCAGCGGAGGCUAUGUGGAUACGACUAACGGAACAUGUGUCUGAUGUGAAGUACAGUUUGAAAAUGACACUACUCGGGCUGGAAUCGUUUUCGAAGAGCUUUUCGCCCGAACAACCAAGAUUGUCCAAGAUUAUCCUUCUCGACAGUCUUAUGUCACAUCUGUUUGCCGUUUGUUGGGCAGAAAAGGAGGGUGUGAAUGUGAAAACUGCUAAAACCAACAGUAAUACGGUCGCAUCAUCUACAACAUCAUCUGCCACAGCUACUAAUGCUUCUGCGGCAAAUGCUUCGACGGCAGUGACGAACGACAGUAAUACUGGUGGGGCAAGUUCUACAAUAGUAUCGGGAACGGGAAACAUUGUCACCUCUGGCGCUUCAACCAGUACAACUUCCGCUGAUGGGUCGUCGUGUCAAAUCUCGGCAGAGGUCUCUCGUGCCGAUUUGACAAAGAACAUAAUGCACGCUUUACUGGACGUGUUGGAAAUAGUUCGUGAAUCAACCUACAAAACUAUGUUCCAGAACUUAAGUGGUCAGAUACCGUCCUGCUUGAUUGAGCCGCUAAUUGCUAUUGCGGGCACAAAGAACUCGUUUUGUUCGGAGCUUGCUCAGCAGCUUGUCAGUUGUAUCACAGGUCACGAUAAAGACGUUAUAGCCGUUGAAUGGCGCAAGAGUUUGAGUACGUUGACCGAGGAAAACUUCAUCAGUGGAUCAUUCCCGGUGGAAUUGCACACCCUGACGGUCAUUGAAGCGCACCUUACGGAGAUAUCCAAACAUCUGUCGUACUCCAUACUGCUGUCACUGAAGAACGCUCUGAAAUCAGCCGUCAAUCUCAUAUACUACAUGCUCCCGAACUACGACGAUAUGAAGUUGGAUGAACGUUUAAAAGAAAUACUGAUCCCGAUGGUGUUCGAUUUGCGCGCAGAAUAUCUGCACGGUCCGAUCAACAAAUGCUUGGAAUCGUUGCUGGGUGGUGAUAGCAAUUGUGAAGCUUAUCAGCUAGCCGCGUUCUCAAACAUCAUCAAGCACAGCUAUCAGUUUCUCAUCGAAUAUACCGACCUGUGCGCUACCGGUUGUGCCACGAACAUCGACGAAUCGGUUCUAUGCAGCAUUCUUAAGUACUGGGAAUCGAUGUUAGAGAAAUCGAACGGAUUGCGAGCGAUGCGCAACUUUUUCUACGAAUCCAAGUCCGGCAAUUUGGUGCAAAUUUUGCUAUCCUUCACCGGCACUAACAUCUCCCAGGCGUACUCGACGCGUGUUCUCCAAUUCUUUGAAAAACUGUUCCAAGCUGCAGAAAAGCUUGAUGCACCUUUCGAUGAGGAGGAACUAUGUUCAUGCAUUGCAGAGCUUGCCGUCACCGAUAGUGCACGUUUGAAGAGCUGGUUAAGCCAUAUCCUGCUUGGACCUGGUGGCAUCAGUGUAACGCCAAACGCAUCGAACAACUCGAGCAAUGUACCGACCCCAACAAACAUGGCAACAGUAUCGGCUAUUCCGAGCAUUACGGACCAACUGGCAGGAUCAGCAACUGCAGCAGGCGGUGUAGAAGCCGGUUUAUCUGAAAACAAUACCACGGCAGCAAAUGCGCCCACUACUACCGAGGGUGAGCAGGAGGACGCGAUGGAUAUCGAUUACGAAUGCAUGACUAAAGGCAGUGGAUGGCAGGCAGCAGCGACAAGCUGUGGCAAGGUGGCCAUUGAAGAUGCAUCAGGCGAAACAUUGGAGCGCAACGGCAAGCUGCUGCAGUCGCUCGUUAAAUACAUAGUUGCUGAGAAUCGUAUAUCCUCGUCCGUAUCGGAAGCCCUAUUUCAAGCAUUAAUUCAAAUCGGUCACAAUCUGCUGUCACCAACGCAGGAAGCGAUAGAGUUUACCGAUCUACUGCAGGUGAUGAUCACCCUCGCAGAUGCCGGCAAAGGCCGUGGCCAUGGUAUACUCUUUACCGCAGCAAUCGAUUGGUUGGAUGUAUGCCGGGCGCAGGUGUUGGAUGCAGGAAAAACCGGAUCAAGCGGAUGGAGAGCAGCUAUUCAGCUCGAUAAUGUGACCGCUAUAUUGAAGUACAUGAGCGAUCUUCUGCUGGGUCUGGGCGCCAAAGGCAACCGAAUAAUGAAUCCACCAUGGGACGAAGAAUCGCUACUGGAUGCGGAUGACAUUUUGGAGGAGCUCGGAGGUGAAGAAGAAGAUAGCACCGUCGAAGACUCCGAUGAGGACAGUCUCGGCAAUAAGCUCUGUACCUUCUCCAUUACGCAAAAGGAUUUCAUGAACCAGCACUGGUACUAUUGCCAUACGUGCAAAAUGGUGGACGGUGUUGGCGUAUGUUCGGUCUGUGCGAGAGUUUGUCACAAAAAUCAUGACAUCAGCUAUGCCAAGUACGGUAACUUCUUUUGCGAUUGCGGCGCUAAAGAGGAUGGUUCAUGUCAAGCGCUAAGCCGACGCAGCAAUUCCGGACAUGGAGAGGAAUCGAUAUUGGGUUCAUCAUCGUCUGCUUCCAUCUUGCCGCGUUCCAAUGAUGCGGAAAGCGUUAUGCUCGCCAGUAGCUUGAUGAGACGACGACACCAAACCAGUCCUUCGCAUGAAGGUCCCAGUACAAGCCGUGCAGCCCAAGGACAGGCUUCGGAGAAAGAGCAACAAUUGGCAAAAAUCAUUGAAACUUCACGAGAGGCAUUGAACAAUCCCAGCCAAUGGAAAACGGUGAUUCGAUGCAUUCUCGUUUUCUUCAAUUCACUGAUGCCCACAGUCAAGGAGCAUUGUGCAAGAUAUUCUCCAGUGGGUUGUUACUGGCGUGCUAAGAGUGCGCUCGAGCGUUUGCAUCGUCCGGAGAAAUCGUAUGUGCUGAGCGACGAGAUCAUGAUUGCUACCCUCGGUUCGCAGGAAGGUGCAUUCGAAAAUGUACGCAUGAAUUAUUCCGGUGAGCAAGGACAAACGAUCAAACAGUUGCUCUCGACGUAUCUUGUCCGUCGCGUGGCAUUGUGCUGUCUUGCUUCGCCUCAUGGUAAACGACAGCAAUUGGCCAUCUCACACGAGAAAGGUAAAGUUACAAUACUGCAACUGUCAGCCCUUUUGAAGCAAGCUGAUGCGGCAAAACGCAAACUUACGCUUACGAGACUCGCAUCGGCUCCAGUCCCUUGUACCGUGCUGUCGCUUGCAUCAAAUCCAGCAAACGAGGACUUCCUCGCUGUGUGCGGGCUGAAGGAAUGCCACAUACUUACGUUCAACAGCACGGGAACGGCAAACGAUCAUAUCGUGUUAACACCUCAGCUUGACACUGGCAAUUUUAUCAAGCGAGCCAUCUGGCUGCCGUCUUCGCAGACCAAAUUAGCUCUCGUUACGGCUGAUUUUGUAAAAAUCUACGAUCUGGCUGACGACAGCUAUAGCCCGCAGUACUACUUCCUAGUGCCUAGCGGCAAGAUUCGUGAUUGUACAUUUGUUUACGAUCAGGAGGGUACGUACUACAUGCUAAUAAUGUCCUCAUUGGGCUACAUCUAUACCCAACCUUUGAGCGAUGAAAGCCUGGCCAAGCAUGGUCCAUUCUACGUAACAAGUACGCUCGAGCUUGACCAUCCAUUGAUAACAGACGACAACGGACAGAUACUGGCUGGAGGCGUAUCGAUAUACUAUUCCCACGUCCUGCAGCUGUUAUUCUUCAGCUAUGCUGCUGGUCGCAACUUUAUGGCACCGCUCACGAACGUUAAUGAUGGUGUCAAGUGCGUUAUCAACCUAGUUUGCAACCCCAGCUCCAAAUUGUUAUCGAAGUCAACGACACAACCACUCUGUCAGUGGACCGAAAUCCCCGGCCAUCCGGGUUUGGUGUGCGCAAUGAUGCAAAGUCUUAACAAUCCUGUCAUCUUCAUGAUCAAACCAGAUGGAUAUAUGGCGCAGGAGAUAAAGGCACAGAAUGCAAAGGCAAAAAUAAUGGAUAUGGUUGCCAUUCGGCACAGCGUUUCUGGUGUAGAGAAAACAACAUUGAUUUUGUUGUGCGAAGACGGCAGUUUGAGAAUUUAUGCAGCUCAUGCCGAGAAUACUGGCUACUGGUUGUCUCCGGAGGUGCAACCUAUUGGACAUCAACAAUCGUUCGGUUGGUUUGGAUCAGGCGGAAGUUCCUAUGGCAAAUCUGCACGGAAGUCGAAAAAAAUGGGAAAGCAAUCUGCCCAUGGAGCUAACGCUACUUCGUCCACCAACGGAAAAGGAGCCACCGGAACCGCUCCUAGUUUUCCGAUUGAUUUCUUUGAACAUUGUACGCUGAUGAACGAAGUAGAGUACGGUGGAAACGAUUUACUACAAAUCUACAAUACGCAGCACUUGAAGCAUCGUUUGAAUUCCACUGGGCUGUACGUGACGUCAACUAAAGCAAAUGGAUUUAUGCUGGAAGUUACUAAUAAUGAUCCGAAUAUGGUCAUGACAGGUGUUCGCAUACAAAUUGGAUCGCAGGACGUUACGAAAGCACCGCAGCGUGUAACAAUUUUGGGUCGAUCGGUCACAACUGUAGCCACGAGGGCACGCUGGUUUGAUAUACCGCUAACAAGAGAGGAAAGCCUUCAAAGUGACAAGAAACUCACCAUUCACUUUGGACCUUCGGUGGACGCUGAACAAAUCACAAUACUGGACAGCAUCAAGAUAUACGGAAAAACUAAAGAUGUGUUCGGUUGGCCAGAAGAAAGCGAAGAUGCAGCCGGAGGACAAAUAACAAACGGUGGCACAGGAAGCAAUGGACAGACGGCGGUAGCAAAUGGGAAUGGUGGCAAUGAGGGCACUUCCAGCGAUGAAAAUGAUGUAGGAGCAAUGUAUAUGACUUCAUUGGAUCGUAUGCUUUCCAGUAUGCUUCACGUGCUGGACAGCGGUAUAUCUCUGCUGGGUGGACCAACUUGUGAUGAUAACUAUCGUCAAACAGCUAUCGAUGUGGCGACAAAUUUGAUUCUCUUCCCUACUGUGAAUGUCGUACAGCAGGAUGCACGCAAUUUGCUUAUCACAUGUCACGCGAACAAAGCAGCUUACCACUCGUACAAAGAUAAGGAAAUAUUGAACGAUAUCCAUCGGCAGUUGAAAAAAAUGUACGAAUCUACCGAAAGCGGGGACAUCGAUCCGGAAGCUUUUUAUCGAGCUGUGUUGAUGAUGCGCAGUAUCGCCAUUCAACGGCCGCAAGCGAUGGCAAAGAUUUGUGCCGAACAGCAGAUGGACAUUCUUUCGCUGAUGAUGAUCCUCAUGAAGGAGCUGUACCGCAUAACGCCAGCAUACGAAGAACCGAUCGCAAUCGUUAAGCGAGGACUGUGCCAUGUGGAAGCAGUCAUUUACUCUCUGGUGGAGAUCAUUUACGCAUUCGCGUUGGCCGACAACGAACAGGUUGAGAGAAUGGCGAAGCUUUUCGUUCGUUUAUUGCUUGAUCCAGCGCCAAUCAUAAGCCAUAGCGCGAAACUAGCGAUGAUUCGUUUAUUACGGCCGAAGGUCAAGCGCCGAAAGGUGGUAUUAAUCGAAAGUCCUCCAGUCUGUUCCACACCUACUCCCUCUACAUCAGGAGUUACAGCAUCCGCUGCCGGUCCGUCAACAUCAACAAUAUCGAUUGGUUCGACGUCAUCGGGUGCCGCUGGGCCUUCAACUUCAUCGGGAAAUGCUCCUGCGGGUAAUGAAGAUUUUGUCACAGUAGCGGCAGGUGCGGGCGCCGUCGGUGGAAUGCAGGAAGUGGACGCAAUAGAAUCACUGGGUUUGGAACCGAGCGCUGGAAAUCAGGCCCUCGCUUCGUUGGAGGCACUGUUGGGUGUGGGUUUUCCUCAUUUGCUCGAAACGCCCGAUGCGGACGACGAUACCAUAAUGGAGAUAGCGAUCGCACUCAGUCUCCAAGAUAACGAGGCCGAUCUGCAGUUGUUGCAACAGAGCAUCGCUAAUUAUCAGGGUAGAAAUAGAAACCCUGCUGCCCAAAGCUUGGCUGCUGCCAUUGCCGGUGGUUCUUCAUUUAACGUCGAGUCGAACGCUUCGGGUGGUGGCUCGGAUGAUGAUGAAAUAUCGAACGUUGCCACCGAAGGAUCGACGCUCCGUACGUCGCCUGCCGGUGAACAUGCUGGUAGUGGUAGCGGUGGAUCCGAGAGUGGUUGUAGUGGUGUCGAAAGUAUCGGUGGAACUUCCGGCCGCAGUUCCACGUACGAAGAGCAACCGAAUCCUUCACCACCGCGCACUUCCGUAGUCGACCAAAUGGCACAAUCACAAUCGGCCGGCGCUACGACAACGGCAUCGCACCCAUCUGCUGCCGAUGCAGAAGCGUCCGAUACCAAUGGGGAAAGUGCGAACAAAUUGCACGUGCUGCGAUACUCCAUCUUGAAUCAGCUAGUGGACAACUUUUCUGCCCUAGACACAGUGAACGGCGCUCAGUGCAUACCGUUCAUGCAAGUGAUCCUAAUGCUAACCUCCGAUCUCGAUGGCACACAGGAACCGGAUCAGCAAGCGUUGAACCGUUUGCUGCAAGCAUUAAUCGAUCGACUAGAAACAGAAGAUACGCAACUGUACCAAAUGGCUAAACGAACGGCCAAAACUGAAGUGCAGCUUGUUAUACUGCGUUUGAUUGGGGUGUUGAUGGGAAAGGUGAAAUCCAAAUCAUCAUCGUCAUCAUCUUCUGCCAACACUUCGUCAACUAGUGCUUCAGGUGGUGAUAGGUCGAAUAUCACCCAAGCAAUGGCGGACAACGCAUCGUUUUUGGCUCAAAGCACCGCUAACGCACUGAUGAAAAAUAGUGCUAUACCGUAUUGUCUCGUAAUAAUGGAAUCCUUUUUGCCCCAUUGGAAAACAUCCAGUGCAUCAUCAAUGGAUGAGCUGGCUUCACCGGCAACAAGUGCAGCCAAUGCCAAUGGUUCAGCGAAUGUUGCUUCCUCCAGUGGUGGCGGAACGUCCAAUGCGGCAUCAAGUAACAACGGUCCGGUAAUAACAGCAGCGGGAGGAACUCCAUCGAAUGUUCUACUGAAACCGACACAGUAUGGUAUUAUACCCGAUAUGCAACCGUUCUUUUCACGCCCCUUCCCGAAAGGUUCGAACGACGUAUUCGAAACAUACUCGCAGGUGCUUACCGAGAUGGCCGUUAGAUUGCCGUAUCAAAUUCUCAAACUAUCGUCCGGGCAUCCGUCACCUCAAGAAUGGAGCCACACUUUGUGCGAAAACAUGACUGCCAUUCUUUGCGAGUAUAUGAUGUACAUGCAGUCACCAGUUUUACGUCGUCAGGUACGCAAACUGUUGCUGUAUAUUUGCGGAAGCAAGGAAAAGUAUCGCCAGCUGCGUGAUCUACAUUCGCUCGAUACGCACAUGAAGGCAGUAAAAAAAUGCUGCAAUCUUAGCUGUGCCCCAGCCGCAUCAUCUUCAUCACUAGCGAAUGGGGCCCCAUCGAACAUUCUCAGCUACGACUCCUUGGUCGAACUGACCGAGCACUUCCGUGCAUGUCAAGAGAUCGCAUCUAUUCGUACUGGAAACUGGCAAAAGUUUUGCGUUCGAAAUCCGGACAUACUUUCCUCACUGCUGAACAUUAGCACGUACCAACUGGAAGAAGGUGUUUCGACGAUUAUAUUGCAACUUCUGCAAUCGGCUAUAUGUAGCAGCACUUCGUCCCAGGUGCAACCAGUGAAAACAUCCUCUAGCGUGACGGUAGACACACAAAUGAAAGUGUCGGUUAUUGUGAAGGAUCGGAAAGAUCGUGACAAAUCGGAGGAAUCGGACACAAUGGCGGCACCGUCCGAAUCUAAGUUCGAUGCAGCACAGUGUGUAGCUUUGGUGGCACAAAUCUUCAAUCAGAUCAGUCCAGCCAGUAUGAGCAAGUUCAUUCGUAGCUUCCUGCUCGAAACGAACUCAACUACAAUACGCUGGCAGGCACACAGUCUUGUGUAUGCGUUCUACGAAAACUGUAGCGACAUCAAUAAGGAAACAUUGCUCCAGUGUCUCUGGAGUUUGUGGCCAUUAUUACCAGCUUACGGUAAGCGCACGGCACAGUUCGUUGAUUUACUCGGUUUCCUCACGCUCAACACACGAUCGCUGAUAGACAAGCUGCCGGACUACACCGCACAGGCGGUAUCAGUGCUGAGACAGCAGAAUGAGCUGCUCUCCAAACACCCGAAUGCACCCAUCUACACAGCGCUGGGACAAGUACUGGAACUCGAAGGGUUUUACCUCGAAUCGGAACCAUGUCUCGUUUGCAACAAUCCGGAAGUUCCAUUUUCUAACAUCAAACUAUCAACCAUAAAGGUAGACUCGAAGUUUACCACCACCACCACGAUCGUGAAGCUCGUGCAAAGUCACACGAUCUCGAAAAUAGUGCUACGCAUCGCCGAUCUGAAGCGGGCGAAAAUGGUCCGUACGAUCAACAUCUACUACAACAACCGCACGGUCCAGGCAGUGGUGGAGCUGAAGAAUCGUCCACUGAUGUGGCACAAGGCACGCAAGGUGACGCUACAGUCGGGCCAAACGGAUGUGAAAAUCGACUUCUCGCUGCCAAUAACGGCGUGCAAUUUGAUGAUCGAGUAUGCCGACUUUUACGAAACCGUAAGUGGUUCGAGCGAAAGUUUGCAGUGUCCGCGCUGCAGUGCGGUGGUACCGGCGAAUCCAGGCGUGUGCGGUAACUGUGGCGAGAAUGUGUUCCAGUGCCACAAAUGUCGUGCUAUCAACUAUGACGAAAAGGAUCCGUUCCUGUGUCAUUCGUGCGGUUUCUGCAAAUAUGCUAAAUUUGAUUACAGCAUCUACGGGCGGGCGUGCUGCGCCGUAGAUCCGAUCGAAUCGGCCGAAGAUCGAACAAAAACCGUUCAAACGAUCCAUACAUCGUUGGAAAAGGCGGACCGUUCUUAUAAAUCGCUGCAAAACAAUAAGCAGAUUUUGGAGCUGCUUGUUCAAAAAGUGUCGGAGCAUAAGCUCGACCGUACGCUCGAUGAAACGAUCGUGGGAGCGUCGGUUAUAGGUGGAGCUGGUGGAACUUCGCAGGUCAACAAAGUCAUACAGCUGCUGGCACAGAAGUACUGUGUAGAGUCGAAAACCACCUUCGAAGAUCUUAGCAAGAUCAUCCAAAAAGUGCAGGCCUGCCGCAAGGAGUUGGUGGCAUACGAUCGAAGCCAAAUGGAUGCACCACCACCGGGCACCGCGGCUGGCUCUAUGUCAACGAGCUUUGCCUCCGGCACUGGCAUAUCGUCCCGAACAGCGACGGUUGCGUUGAACAAAUGUUACGGUUGUGCCCUGGCAUCCACCGAACAAUGUCUCACGCUGUUGCGCGCCAUGGCGUCUAAUAUGGCCUGCAGAGUUGGGCUAUGCAGUCAAGGGUUGGUGCAAGAGCUGGCAGUAAAUAAUUUGCGCCGCGGAACUCAUCAACUGCAGGACGAAGUGCGUCAUUUGCUGUGCUUAUUAACACGCGAUCUUCCCGCUGCAACUGAAGCGCUGUGUCAAUUGCUGCAAGAUCGCGUGAAGAUGGCACUUUCCGGUACCGUUCCUUUGGCAACAUUAGAUUCGGCUGUCCGGCACGAAAUGGCACUACUGGAAGCGAUGACAAGCCAGGACGAUAGCUGUUGGGAAACGAAGUUGCGCACCGUGAUCGAACUGUUCCUGCAGGCGUCACGUGAUGCCCGAGGUCCAGCCACCGCUGUCAUUCAUCCUUGUUUGCGUAUUGUGCAAUCGCUCAUCUGUCCACCACCGAUACUUGCGACCACGAUCUCCACUGGAGGGAAGCAGCACAGUAAGGAACCGGUUGCAACUACGCUGCAGGAUCUGUGCACCGUACAGCCAGUCGAAGGGAUUACCGUCAGCUAUGAAAAAUGGAUCGCAGGAGACGCAAAUCAUUCGUUUGCAGCCUGGAAAGCUCGAAUGCCUCCUGCAGCUAAUGCAAGCGCUGCCGCGACCAGUAAUCGUCGUGCAAUGGGCGAAAGUUCAUCGGUUUCGAUAACUACUGCCGCAGCGACUCCACCCCCAAUCGGAACUGGAUUCCGUUCAGCUCUGGAGCAUCGUCGAGCUACUAUCAGAAAUGCAUAUCUGGUAGAGAAGUACGCAAAACGCUGGCGGCAGAAGACUUUGGCUAAAGGUGUUUCAUCGAUUCCGGUGGAGCUGCAGGCGGCUUGGCUACAACCCAUCCUCUUCAAUACCACCUCGCGUCUCGGACGGCAGCUGACCUGUGCUCUAAUUACAUCGCUGAGUCGCACAAACGAACGCAAACGCGAACUCCUGGAUCUUCUUACCAACUUCCUGCGCUAUGUCGGUGAUAGUGGUGAAGCAAGUGCAGAAUUUUUGGCUCUUUAUCGUAUGCUGGCGGAUGAAACACCCUGGCGACAAUAUCUUGCUUUGAAGGGUGUUCUAACACUGCUUGUACAACUGGUGACUGUGGAAAUUGAAAAGAUUCAUUGUCUGGAAGAAACGACCCUUUCCACUGACCUAGCUCAAGGGUAUGCAUUGCGGCAAUUGGUUGAGCUAAUGGCACUUUUCUUGGAAAAUCCACAAAUCCGGAAAGCGUACAAGGGCAAACUGUUAGGACCGGUGCUCCAGGGUUAUCUCGAUCUUCGCAAGCUAAUCGUGCAGCGCACGCGGUUAAUCGACGAUGCGCAGGAGAAGCUGCUAGAAAUGCUGGAAGAAAUGACGACGGGCACGGAAGAAGAAACUGCCGCAUUUAUGGCUGUGUGCAUUGAUACGGUGCGGCGUACACCAACAACGGACGUGAAAACGCCGGUCUUCAUGUUCGAGCGCUUGUGCUCCAUAAUCCAUCCGGAGGAAAACGAUGUGGGCGAGUUUUUCCUCACGCUAGAGAAAGACCCGCAGCAGGAGGAUUACCUGCAGGGGCGCAUGCUGGGAAAUCCAUAUCCUUCCCAUGAAGCCGGUCUCGGGCCGCUGAUGCGUGACGUUAAAAACAAAAUCUGCAUCGACUGUGAGCUGGUGGCUUUGCUGGACGACGAUAACGGUAUGGAGUUGUUGGUACACAACAAAAUCAUAAGCCUAGAUCUGCCGGUAAAGGAGGUGUACAAGAAGAUAUGGCUUCAAGAAGGCGGCGAACGGGACAGCAUGCGGAUUGUCUAUCGAAUGCGAGGUUUGCUUGGUGAUGCGACCGAAGAGUUUAUAGAGACGCUAAAUGCCAAGAGCCAGGAGGAGGUUGACAACGAGCAGUUGUACCGGAUGGCGAAUGUGUUGGCUGACUGUGGCGGGCUCAAGGUGAUGUUGGAGCGCAUCGGAAGCUUGCAGAAUGUGUCGAAAUCACGCACCUUGCUGCAGGUACUGUUGAAAUUGUUCCUGCUAAGCGUAAAGGUGUCCCGUUGCCAGGAAGUACUGUGUCAACCGGAGCUAGGCGCCAUUAACACGCUGCUGAAAGUGUUGCAAUUGUGUCUGCAAAGCAGUGAGAGCGACACACAACAGUCGGCUGUGACGGAACAACUGCUAGAGAUCAUGGAAACGAUCUUGUCCAAGGCUGCCUCCGACACGUUGGACACGUUUUUGCAGUUUUCACUCACGUUCGGUGGACCCGAGUACGUGCAGGCGCUACUAUCGUGCACCAACUGUUCCAAUGUGCGGUGCAAUCCCUCCGUACUGCGGCACCUGAUCCGUGUGCUUGCGGCUCUGGUGUACGGAAAUGACAUCAAGAUGGCGCUGCUCUGCGAACAUUUCCGUUCGGUGUUCGAUUUUGAUCGAUUCGAUGCGGAACGCAGUGCAGAGGAAGAGUUCAAGAUGGAGCUGUUUUGCGUAUUGACCACCGGUAUCGAGCACAACUCGAUCGGUGGUACGCUGAAGGAUUACAUCAUGAGCUUGGAAAUAGUGGACAAAGCACUCAACUACAUCAAGUCCCAUGCACCGUGUGUGAAACCGACGCUGCUGCGCACCGACUCGGACGAGUUGAAGGAAUUCAUAUCGCGAGCCUCCCUCAAGUACAUCCUUCGCUUCCUUACUGGUCUAGCGACAAAGCACGAAGCGACACAGCUAGCCGUUGCGCAGGAUAUAAUACCGAUCAUCCAUCGGCUGGAACAAGUGUCCAGUGACGAGCAUGUAGGAUCGCUUGCCGAAAACUUGCUAGAAGCGCUGUGCACCGAACCGGCGACUGCGAAGCGUGUGCAGGAGGUGCGCGAUUUUACACGCGCCGAGAAGAAGCGGCUUGCAAUGGCGACCCGUGAGAAGCAGCUGGACGCACUUGGUAUGCGUACGAACGAAAAGGGACAGGUAACGGCCAAGGGUUCCAUCCUGUCGCAGAUCGAGAAACUGCGCGAAGAAACGGGACUGGCGUGUUUCAUAUGCCGCGAAGGGUACGCCUGCCAGCCGAACAAGGUGCUCGGCAUCUACACCUUCACCAAGCGCGCCAACGUGGAGGAGUUUGAGAUGAAGCAAAAGAAAACGAUCGGUUACACCACGGUGACCCAUUUCAACGUCGUGCACGUGGACUGCCACAUGAACGCAAUCCGAUUGGCCCGGUCGCGCGAUGAGUGGGAGAGUGCCUCGCUGCAGAAUGCCAACACACGCUGCAACGGGCUGUUGCCGCUGUGGGGCCCGGAUGUGAGCGAAUCUUCCUUCUCAUCGUCGAUGGCACGGCACAACAACUACAUGCAGGAAUGCACACAACGAUGCGAAAUCACCUUUGCCAGCUCGAUGCACGAUCUGAAGCUGCUGCUGUGGCGCUUUGCCCAGGAAAAAAGCUUCCACGAGGAUGCGGGAGGCGGUGGACCACAGUCGAACAUGCAUCUGGUAGCAUAUCUGCUGUUUUAUGGACUGUACACGUUGCUGUCGUCUCGCUCAUACUCGCGCGAAGAGAUGAUACUUAGCGGAUUCAUUGGCCACAAACCCUCGGAACGUUGGUUGGAGUGUGCGUACGAAGCGGAAGGCCCACUGUAUCUGCAGACCAUGUCAUUGGCUUUGCAUACGCCCGAGCUUUGGUCACGCCAUAGGCAGGUGCAUCUGCAGCGCCUGAUUGCGAUCGCUCAAGCACGGCACGUUAGCCCAAACACGGUUUGCAAAUUCUUGGCACCAGCCGAUAAGCGUCCAAAGGAUUACACGAUCUACAAACCGUAUCUGAUGUUCUGGGGACUGAUAGACUUGAUUUAUCGCAACUUUUUCCGCACCGUCGGGACGCCAAAGGAUGAAGACUGGCCGAUCUCGCUAUUUAACUACAUCCGCCGAAAUGACGAGUCGCUGCUUAAGACGGCCGACACGACGCUGCAAACAUUCACCGAAGAAUACCUACCGUGUGCUUCGUUUGGUGAAUUCUGCGAUGUGGCAGGACUACUUGGAGACAUAGAGAAUCCAGAUGCUUGGAUGGAGGAGCUAUUGCAAGCGUUGCCUUCACCGGGUGGAUCAUCUGCUGCAGGAUCGAGCGGUGCAGCAGGUCCAAGCAGCGGUUCUGGAGCGAAUGCUGGAUCCAGUAGUAUGGAAUAAGAGGCGACGCCAACGCGUUAAACUAAUUUGAGGAACAUACUUAGCGAAAUACAACUACUACAACUUUCAUAUUUUAUUCACGUAUGUGAUGCUUUCAUGUAAGCUCGGCAACACAUGCUGCAAUAUAACCCCCUUAAAUACAUACAUCUUAAAUAUUCAAAAUAAUGCUAAUUGCUAUUGAAAUUAUGAUUUAUUUGUCAUUAAAUGGUGUUAAAUGAAAUAAACGAAACAAUAUAGUCACAAGGAA